CAAGGUUGUGACAACGUGCAGCGGCAUAACCUUCUCGCAUAAUCGACUGGACAGUGCCUCACGUAUGUGCAGUCUUCGGUGAGGCGCCGGCACUACACCACACUCACACCAGCAGCCACCGGGGACAAGAGUCAAGAUCAUUUUCCAGUUCGACCAAUCAGACGUCCGGGAAGGCAGCCACAAAAUGAUGAACCACGCCAAGUUCUUCAACGCGGACUCCCGGCGAAGAGAGCACCCUUACCUCGUCCGUCUGAGGCUGCCGUCUGAAAAACUUCAACGAAGCGUCAAUCUCGCGAACGGCUUGCCUUGCCCGGCUAACUUCCCCUUCAAAGAGGCCACGGUCACGCUGCACAGCGGGGAGGUUCUGCACAUCUCCCCGAGACAGAUGGAGGUGGCGAUGCAGUACGGAGCGAUUGCCGGAUUACACGAGCUUGUCACACAGCUGCGAGACAUGGCCACGAAGCUGUUCAACCCGCCACACAUGGACGAGAGGGGCCUCAUCGUGACUGGAGGGGCCGCUCACUCCGCCAACCUCAUCCUGCAAACCUUCGUCGAGUCCGGAGACUACGUGUUCGUGCAGGAGAGUACCUACCCAACCAUCCUGGACACUCUCAGGCCAACGGAUGUGAAGGUGGUGUCCGUCCCCAACGACAGCGAGGGCUUGCGGGCUGACCUGCUGGCGGAGGCGCUGAGCAAGACCCCCGCUGCCCGCCGCAAGCUGCUGUACGUCAUCCCCAACGGUGACAACCCAACAGGCAUUACGAUGAGCGAGAAGAGACGACGAGAGAUUUACGACGUGGUGUGCAAGUACGACCUUCUCAUCGCCGAGGACGACCCCUACUACUUCAUCUACUUCGGGGCAGAGCAGGCACCACCAACCUUCCUCAGCCUGGACACCGAGGGGCGGGUUCUUCGCAUCGACAGCUUCUCCAAGUCAGUGGGUCCCGGCCUGCGUCUCGGCUACAUCACCGCAGACAAGCCCUUCACCGAUAAAAUACAGGCGCUUCAAGCCAUCAUGAUAGGCUCUCCUUGUUGUGUGUCCCAGGCGAUUCUGAGCGAGCUCCUCCGCCACUGGGGCUACGAAGGCUUCAUGAAGUUCACGAGCAAAGGAACUGAGACUUAUAGGAAGAAGCGAGACAUGGUCCUUCAAGCGGCCGACAAACAUCUCACAGGUCUUUGCGAGUGGAAGGCGGGCGACGGCAUGUUCUUGUGGCUGAAGGUUCUCGGGCUGGAGGACACGAAGCACAUCAUAGAACUGGAAUGCGAGAAGAGGGAUCUGAUUCUCUUGCCGGGAAGCGCCUGCCUGUGGGACAGCGCCCAGCCCAGCCCGUACAUCAGGGCGUGCUACUCCCUCGCCACGCCGGAUAAGGCAGACAGGGGAUUCAAAAUUCUGGCAGACGUUAUCAAGGAGGAACUGAAGAAGAACAAGAGCAAGAACAAAUCAGGGGACGCAGUAGCUUCUGGCCACAAGGAAGCUGCGAGUGGCUUUACUCACGAACCCAAGAAACACACGAAUGGCGCAGCGACAUAAGCCAAGGAAAAAAAUAGA